UCUCCUAAUUUUGCUUCUUUUUCUUUAUAUAUAUUUCGUUUUGGAUGGAAAAAAAAGACAUCUUUUUAUUUAGUUGAAUCUGAUCUUGAGAAAGAAAAACGCCAUGAAUUGAUCUUCAUGGAAAAAGGGGUUAAACCGAAUCAUAAUCCCAUAAUGUACGGCUACCAAAAUACUCAACUAUACACCGACCGUAACUACUGCCACUUUCUGUUUCUUUUUUCUCUCUUUAAACCUCUCCAUUCAUUCACUCAUCAACUGCUUCACCACCAAUUCAUUCAUUGUUUCGCCGGAAUCUUGAGGGACUCGCACUAUAAUCCGAGCUCUUGAAAAGGGUCUUUGGAAUUUUUGAGCGUCAUGGUUCAUCCUCGUUUCCAAGAAUUCUUGCUUCUGCUUCAUAUGCAGAUAUAAGUGUGCGUAUCUGUUUAAUCAUUAGGUGCAAGUUUCGCAUUGUUGGUGGAUUUUAAUCGGAUGAAAAUUUUGAGGGCUCUUGAUUUCAAGAUUAAUAAGUUGUUGUUCUGAUUGGCAUUUUAAUUUUUCGAGGUGGUGCAUUUAAUGGUGGUUAACAACUUAGAUUCGCCUUGUUUUGCGCAGAAAUAGCAUCAAAUUAUUCAAAACCAGUCUCAUCUCAAGGUUUUGUGUAUAAAAAACUAUAUAUAUUCUGCUACCAUUCUUGAGUUUUCAGCAUCCUCAAUAAACAAACUCUUCUUCCUAACCAUUCAUUUCUCCCUUGAAUCCCACCUGAAAAAUCGGCAUUGGGCUGAAGGGUCUUGAAAUGUCUUUGCUUUAGAAAGAAGUUUUCAUGUUACCAAAAUGUGAAAAGUGGCCUAUGGCAAUCAAGAGAGAGAAGAGAGAGCAGCAUUGGGAUGUGGGCAUGAAUCUUUUGGGUGAAGAGAAAGUGCAAGAGACCAAGCUUCUGAGGGUGUCUCAUGCAAGAAUCAAGCUCUGGGCUUUGAGGGCAAUUACUACAUUAUUGUUGUGGACAUGUAUUGUUCAAUUGGUGGCAAUGGGAGAAGUUUGGGGGCCAAGUCUGUUGAAGAGUUGGCCUUCUUGUUCCAGCCCCCCAAGUAUGCAUACAGCAACUAACGUGUCUUCUAUUCAGCCAAAAAGGCAUUACCCACCAAAGAGGGUAUACAAGAACAAUGGUUAUCUAAUUGUUUCUUGCAACGGAGGACUCAACCAGAUGCGAGCAGCAAUAUGUGAUAUGGUCUCUAUUGCCAGAUAUCUUAAUAUCACACUCAUUGUCCCUGAAUUGGAUAAAGCGUCAUUUUGGGCGGAUCCCAGUGAUUUCCAGGACAUAUUCGAUGUUGAUCAUUUUAUUUUAUCUUUGAGGGAUGAGGUCCGGAUAUUAAAAGAGCUUCCAGCUAAGCUUCAACGGAGAAUUGAAGUUGGAAUGUUCUAUGAGUUACCCCCAGUUAGUUGGUCAAAUAUUACUUACUACCGCCGGCAGAUUCUUCCUCUUCUUAAAAAGCAUAAAAUUGUACAUUUGAAUAAAACCGACGCCCGGCUUGCUAAUAAUGGGCUACCACUGGAGAUUCAGAAGCUGCGUUGUCGAGUAAAUUUUAGUUCCCUGAGAUUUACUGCCCAAAUUGAGGAGUUGGGUAGAAAAGUGAUCAGAAUGCUGAGACAAAAUGGUCCGUUCCUUGUACUCCAUCUUAGAUAUGAAAUGGAUAUGUUGUCCUUCUCUGGUUGUACUCAGGGCUGCAACACUGAGGAGGUGAAUGCACUCACUGCAAUGAGAUAUGCCAACCCUUGGUGGAAGGAGAAAGUCAUUGAUCCUGACCUCAAAAGGAAGGAAGGUCUGUGUCCUUUGACACCUGAAGAAACUGCUCUGGUACUCUCAGCUCUUGGUAUUGACAGUCACAUUCAAAUAUACAUUGCUGCUGGAGAAAUAUACGGUGGUAAAAGGAGAUUGAGAAGUUUGGCUAAGGCAUUUCCAAAUCUGGUCAAAAAGGAGACGUUGCUGGAACCCUCAGAUUUGUUGUUCUUCCGAAACCACUCGUCCCAGAUGGCAGCUUUAGAUUAUCUCGUCUCCUUGGAGAGCGAUAUAUUUGUUCCCACAUAUGAUGGAAAUAUGGCAAAAGUUGUUGAAGGACACCGCAGGUACUUAGGUUUCAAGAAGACAAUUCUACUAGACAGACGAGUUUUGAUUGAUCUGAUAGACCAGUACAACAGUGGAUCAUUGAGCUGGGACGAGUUCUCAUACUCUGUGAAGGAUGCCCAUGCAGACCGAAUGGGGAGCCCAAGGAAGCGCGUUAUGAUUCCAGACAGACCGAAGGAAGAAGACUACUUCUAUUCCAAUCCUCAAGAAUGUCUUUGAGGCAGCUGAUGAUAGGGAGAGCCCAUCAAUCACACACAGAGUGUGUGUGUGAGAAUUUUCAGACCAUUAAUUGGAAAGGGAAGAAGGAUGGCUAGUUGGUUGGAUGGAUCAAUUAGACAUAGAAUGAUUCUUUUACAAUUUUGGUUUAUGAGCAUGUAUAGAUUUUGAAGCCCUGUGGGUUGUACAAAACUUUUAUGAGACAAAUGAAAAGAUGCCCCUCACAACAUUAGAUUACAACUUUUUCCACA